AUGCGGAGCCAUCAUGACUCUCCACUCUUCCGGAAUAAGCCAUGGUUACUCAUGGGAGAUUUCAAUGAAAUUUUGGAUGGGGAGGAGCACUCUGAUCAUUCGGUUUCCCCUGUUAUUUCACCGGGUAUGAGGGAGUUCCAAGACGUUGUGAAUCACUGUAAUCUGAUGGAUAUGGGAUCUCAUGGCCCAUUAUUCACUUGGGUUAACAAGCGAGAUGACGGUCUCAUUUCCAAAAUACUGGAUCGAGUACUCAAUAACGAUAUUUGGCUUCAUCGGUUCUCGCGUGCAUACUGCGUUUUUGAGUCAGGUGGAUGCUCUGACCAUCUUUGUAGUCGCCUGCAGUUGGAUAUGGGCACACCGGCUCUCAAAAAGCCGUUUAAAUUCGUUAACUCAGUUGCUAGUCUCCCUGUUUUCAUUCCUCUUUUUCUGAAGAAACUUAAGGGACUGAAGCAGGGAAUACGGGACCUGACCAAGGAUCGCUUGGGGGAUCUUGUGAGAAGAUCUCAUGAAGCCCACCUGGAGUUAUGCGCAAAGCAAGCAGAGACAUUAUCACAUCCGACUAUUGUUGUAGUGCCAGAGGAGGCUGAAGAUUUUGAACACUGGCAGUAUGUAGCAGGAUUGGAAGAAAACCUCUUAAAACAUAGAUCUAAACUGCAUUGGCUUCACGUUGGUGAUCAAAAUAAUCGAGUUUUUCAUAAUGCUGUUAAGAUUCGUGAGGCACGCAACUCCAUCAGGGAGAUUCACUGUGCUGAUGGUUUUAUUGCAAAAACUCAAGAUGCUAUCAAACAUGAAGCGGCUCGUUUUUUCUCUGAUUUUCUUGGACAGAUCCCGAGUGAGUAUGAAGGAGCCACAAUUGACUCAUUGGAGGCUUUAUUGCCUUUUCGUUGUACUGCAACUCAUACUGCUAUGCUUGUAAAGGAUGUCUCUGACGAGGAGAUUAGUAGUGUAUUGUUCUCGAUGCCUCCGAAUAAAAGCUCGGGUCCCGACGGCUACAUGUGCGAGUUCUAUAAGUCUGCUUGGCCUAUCAUUAACAAAGACUUCACUAUCGUUGUGCAGUCUUUUUUCGCACUGGUUUCUUGCCGAAGGGUGCUAAUACCACUAUACUUGCAUUGA